AUGGAGAGAAUGGACACAACACAUUCGCCUUCAUUAACAGGCAAAACUUGUACAAUUCAACAUAAUUCAACAAAUCGAAAUAAUCAAAAUGAAAUCAGUAGUAGUACAACAAUUGAUAUGCUUAAAGAUUGUUGUAAUAAUAAACUUGUUAAAACAUCGGAUAAACAUGCGAAAUUUUUAUUAGAAAAUUUAAAUUUGUUAAGAAAACAAAAAGAAUUAUGUGAUGUCAUUUUGAUUGUUGGUCAAAAUAAAAUUCCUGCUCAUCGAGCUGUUCUUUCUGGUACAGAGAUUGAUUUAAUUUCAAAUAAAAUUUAUUUCUUUUCUUUAGCAUGUAGUUCUUAUUUUAAAGCAAUGUUUACUGGUGAAUUAGCUGAAAGUCGACAAACAGAAAUAAUUAUUCGUGAUAUUGAUGAAUAUGCCAUGGAAUUGUUAAUUGAAUAUUGUUAUACUUCAAGAAUUGUUGUUGAUGAAAAAAAUGUUCAAAUGUUAUUACCAGCAGCUUGUAUUCUUCAAAUUGAAGAAGUUCAAAUAACAUGUUGUGAAUUUCUUCAAAAACAACUUGAUCCAACAAAUUGUUUAGGUAUUCGAGCAUUUGCUGAUACACAUUCAUGUCGAGAACUUUUGCGCAUUGCUGAUCGUUAUACACAACAACAUUUUAUUGAUGUUAAAGAAAGUGAAGAAUUUUUAUUUUUACCAAUAAAUCAAUUGAUUGAUAUUAUAUCAAGUGAUGAAUUAAAUAUGACAACAUUUGCUGAUACACAUUCAUGUCGAGAACUUUUGCGCAUUGCUGAUCGUUAUACACAACAACAUUUUAUUGAUGUUAAAGAAAGUGAAGAAUUUUUAUUUUUACCAAUAAAUCAAUUGAUUGAUAUUAUAUCAAGUGAUGAAUUAAAUAUGACAAGUGAAGAAGAUGUUUUUAAUGCUGUUAUGCAAUGGGUUUCAUGUGAUGUUCAACAAAGAAAACAAUAUUUACCUAAAAUAUUAGAACAUGUUCGAUUUCCAUUGAUGAGUGCUCGAUUUCUUGUUAAUACAGUUAGUUCAGAUUCAUUAAUUAGAUCCGAUCAAACAUGUCGAGAUUUAGUUGAUGAAGCUAAAGAUUAUUUAUUAUUACCACAAGAACGAUUAAAUAUGCAAGGACCAAGAACAAGACGAAGAAAACCAAUUAAAUCAUCUGAAGUUCUUUUCGCAGUUGGUGGUUGGUGUUCUGGUGAUGCAAUAGCAAGUGUUGAAAUGUUUGAUCCAACAACGAAUGAAUGGCGAGCAGUAUCACCAAUGUCAAAACGAAGAUGUGGAGUUGGAGUUGCUGUACUUAAUAAUCUUUUAUAUGCUGUUGGUGGUCAUGAUGGUGUUAGUUAUUUGAACAGUGUUGAACGAUUUGAUCCUCAAACGAAUCAAUGGAGUAAUGAUGUAGCACCAACAAGUUCAUGUCGAACAAGUGUUGGUGUUGCAGUACUUGAUGGAUGUCUUUUUGCUGUUGGUGGACAAGAUGGAAUUUCAUGUUUAAAUCUUGUAGAAAAAUAUGAUCCAUCUACUCAACGAUGGAGUCGUAUAACAUCAAUGGGUACUAAACGAUUAGGUGUAGCUGUUGCUGUACUUGAUGGAUAUCUUUAUGCCAUUGGAGGAUCAGAUGGACAAUCUCCGCUUAAUACAGUUGAACGUUAUGAUUCAAAAACAAAUAAAUGGUCACCAGUAGCAUCAAUGACAACACGUCGAAAACAUCUUGGUUGUGCUGUUUAUAAUGGAUUUAUCUAUGCAGUUGGCGGCCGAGAUGAUGCGACAGAACUCUCAACAGCUGAAAGAUAUAAUCCAAAAUCAAAUCAAUGGUCACCUGUUGUAGCAAUGAAUUCAAGGCGAAGUGGAGUUGGUUUAGCUGUUGUUAAUAAUAAUUUAAUGGCUAUCGGUGGAUUUGACGGUGCAUCAUAUUUAAAAAGUGUUGAAUUAUACGAUAGUGAAUCAAAUAGUUGGAAAUUACAUGGUGGAAUGAAUUAUCGUCGAUUAGGCGGUGGUGUUGGUGUCAUUAAAGUUCAACAAUAUGAUUCAAUACUUUAUGGAACGAAUUUCGCUUCUGGUUCAUCAUCUACCUCUCCAGAUGAUAGUAAAAAUCGUUCUCUCUCAAAAUUAGUUGAUCUUUGA